AGGCACUCUUGGCUGCGGGGGUGUCAUGACGGGCAGGAGGAGGAGGAGGAGGAGGGGCGCACGGCGUGCCCGAUCGCCGCGAUGAGCGGCGCUGACGCCGACUGGCUCCGGCUGGCGCUGCGGCGCACGGAGGAGGCGCGGCAGCGCUGGAGGCUGCGGUGCGUGGCGGCGGAGGCCGGGCUCCAGGCGCUGCAGGCGCUGCAGGCGCCCAGCGCGGGGGGCCCCGCGGACGAGGACGAGCUCGAGGUGCAAGUGGCCCUGAGCCAGGUCGAGGCGCUGGAGGAGCACCAGGACCGGGGGGAGCUGGAGGCGUGGGAGCGGCGGAUCCAGUCCGAGGCCUCCGCGGCGCAGCAGGAGGUCGCCGCCGCGCGCGCGGCGCGGCCCGCCGGUCCC